AUGUGGGGCGCUAAGUUUGGGUCUCGCCAAUCCUCGUGUGUUGUUGGCAAGACUCCCUUUCUAUCCGCCGACUCGACCUUUAUUUUGCCAGAUAGCAUACCUGUGAACGCAAAUCCAGAUCAUCAUCCGCUAGAUCCCUCACUGACUAGCGAAUCAUCGCCCGCGGCACUGAUCAGCGAGGAUAACGAAGAAUCUCCGAUCCGAUCCCCUAACCAGUCCGGCUGUGAUCAUACACGUAUUCUGAGCGACACUACUGACUUGUGGCCUGAUGUGGACGUGCCAGAUCCUGACAUCAUCGUCGAUUCGUAUACCGAGCUAGAGAGUCAAACUCCAGACCAAGAAACGAAAAGUACCGGAGCGCUACUCGCAGAACAGCUCCUCCGGUCUCCCAAGUGCUGCAUUGAUUGCCAUACGCGAUAUAAGCACGAGCGGAACCCAAUCGGAUUACCGAGCCACGGUCUGAACGAGGUCUUCAGCUGGCCCUGUCCCGACGUGCUCAGCACGACCAGACUGGCCAGGUCUGGUGACCAAUUGAUCGAGAACUGGCCACCAGAACAGCGUGAAAAAGUCUUCUGCGGAACCGAUGCGGGACAACCCAGCAGCGUGCCUGCUAUCUGCUUGGCCCGGGGGGAACAGAAGUUAGGUCCAGCAGCCGUCCACUUCGAUAUUGACAGUGUCUUAGCUCAUAUAACCAGUCCAGCUGUCUGUUCCCAAGGCCUCUACUGGUAUCCUGUUCAGCGGCCGGUCUCGGACCUCCAGUCGGAUCUUCACUUAGAUCCACUCCCGGUUCAGUUCACAGAUGGCCACGGUCACCUACAUUGCGUCUCAGUACCGCUACAUCGCGUUAAGCACUACACGUUUGCCCGGGUGUCGGGAUUCGAGGAUGCAUCGAUCUACGCCCUGUUCCCUAGACUCCAUCAGCCCCAGCAGAAGUCUAGCCAACUGCCAGAUGAUCAGUUUCGGGUCUGGAUAGACGAUAUCCUCCUCCCAGCGGUCCAUCAAUACUACUCCGAUGCCCGGCUACAGCAUUUCCCUUCCAGUUUCAGUCAUAGCAACUCAAACUCAUGGGCGGCGUGGGCGGAGGGCCGAUCGAUCCAGACACAGUCCCGUCAACAGCUACUCAGCUACUUUCUGCCACCCGAGCACCUAGAUCAUAUCUGGCAGGCUGUUCAUCAAAUUAUUCGAGUAAAGGGGCUAGACGAAUUCCAGGGGGUUCGUCUUUUCCUGAGUGCUAAGAACCUGAAGCUCCGUACACAGUCCGCGACCUGGUCAGGUAUGCAACAUCGGUUUCAACAGUUAUGGAGCAGCACUGCCAACCAGAGUUAUAUUCACGAGGUCUUCUUUGAUAUUGGGAAGGAAACAUGUCCUAUUGCCCCCGAUUCUGGCCAGCCCAUUAGGGGGCAAACUCUGCUCUGGAAACAAUGCUGUCCAGACAAGCUUCUCCGCUCCCCGCUAGUCCAGAACCCGGGGAAGACAAUAUUUUAUCUUUUCUCGUUUCUCCGAGAUACAGGGUCCUUGACGAUCCAAACCCGGACUAGAUCUCACCUCCGUAAGACCGGGCUCCUUUACAGCCAGUUCUACAACUCGGUCAAAGAGAUCUUUGCGGCUGGAAAUCAGUACCCCUUCAGUAAUCCACUGUUAGAGGCUCUAGCCCUGGACCACGUGUCAUAUCAAACUUGGCAGCAUAUCGGGAAAGGUUUUCAUGACCGAAACACCCUCCAUCGCGCGUACAUCCACAGCAAGUCCCGGUGUGCAACUGCAAUCGAUGCAUCUAUUGGAAAAUCUUUUGGGACCCGGGAAGAGCAUCGGGUGCGCGAAGACCUCCUGAUCCAGAUUAAUCAGGAAUUUCAGCGACGCCGCGCGACUCAACGGGAGAUAUCGCAGCGGUGGUCCCAGCGGUUAGCCGCGCAGGGAGUUCGGAACGUGGAGCAGGACGACGGGGUGGUGUUUCAAAAUCCAUCAAGUCAACCAUUCUAUAUCCAUUCCACUGCGACUAUCCUUAAAUGGGUACGGUGGAACAUAAAUCGGCUAUGUGCGGGAUUAGAGUUAACAAAUAGUCUGCAGCGCCAUUCUAUGGUGUCCUGGGAUCGCACCCAGGUAAUGAUCCUGUUCCUCCGCUGUCUCCGAUGGGCAUUUGGCGGAGGCGGGAACCGGUUAGAGCAAAGCCGGGCGUCUUGGCAAGACGUGAAAGAAGUUCCGGAGUCCAAUGGCCAGAUUCAGUAUCGGGAGGGCAUUGGACUGGGAACCACUAUUCAACGCCACGGCUAUGGCUGGUUCCUUAACAAGAUCCACUGGGAUACUAUGGGUUUCCGCCCAGCCCAUCGUCUCCACAUGGACCUCCACACACCAGCGGGCAUGGCCCAGUUUCGAGUCAAUUACGAGCGUGUCCGCAAGUACCAGAAUGAUUUUCUUCUACUCGAGGAUUAUUUUCUGUAUAUAAUUCAGUAUCAGCGAGACCAUACUGCGUCUACUGCGCUGCUCUCCCUCCUAAUUGACUUCUGUCUGCGCGCCUUUCGGAAAGAGAUUCUGACUGUCUUGCAGGCGGGCAUACGCCCUGAAUUUCAGAGCAUUGCAGAGACUGGGCAGGUAGCGCUCAGCAAGCCCUCCCUACAACGGGUAUUAAAAGAUACCCACUGGCCUUCUGCCAUCCUGACUGGCAAUCGUUGUGGCAUUAGGCGUGUUGAUCAUUUAUUUGCUUGGCUAUGGGGGCUGCAUCCUGACGAGUAUAGCCGCCUGCACUGGGCUCAUAAACCAUAUCGUACACCGUACCGCCGCUGUGUGGUCAAGAUCCAAGAAAUUUAUGGUGAGGAAAUAGCCACUUCCUGGCAAGCAUGCCUGAAACAUCGCUUUCUCAGCACGCAUUGGAUGCUGCCAUACCCAGACCAACAGUCCUUGUUCAGCCGGGACAAGCACCAACGGUAUCGCUGGUGGUCGAGCUGGAAUGAAGAACUGAUACGGAACUCGCUCCCGGCAUGCGUAUCUGGGUGCCCAAUCAUUCCCACUACGCAAUAUGGACAUUUACCUCAACAUGGCUGGAUAUCAUUCGCCCAGGCAAUGCCCUUGGAUAUCGAACUGCCGCCCAUCCCAGGCAAUAUGGAAGCAUUCCUCAAGAUGGUUCCCUCCAAACCAGUAGAUCUCGGGGCGAUUCUCCCCGCCGUUGUCACUAUGACCAUGGGGCCUCAAUCUGGCCACGACUAUCGGUUGCGUCCAAGCUCCCUCCGGAACCCUAUCACAAGCUCGUCUGGGAAGAUGGAGGCCAAUGGACCUUCUACUGUCCCCUGCCGGUGGGCUGAUUUCCUUGGCCAACUUUAUAGUAAACAGUCAGGACCUUGUCUGCCCCAACCUGAACCCCACGCAGAUGUCAAUUCUCCCAACAAACAACCGCACAACGGUGUUUCGAAGAAUAACGACUGCACGUUAAUUUCCUCUUUUUGGCCGCAUUUUGAUGGAUCCAGUGUUUGUGACCACUGGCCAACGAUUCCCCAAUCUUGGUCUGUCCGACCGGCCGACCGAGCAAACUUCGAAAUACGGGCAUCCACCUUCAGUAAUCGGAAUUGGGGGCUACUGAAGGGACCGGUAGAGUAUACCGUAAUCAGUGGAUCUAUGAGCAUUUAUCCCAAAGGCAUUACGAAUCUGUGGCUCCCACUCUGA